UUUAUAUGGCGGCUAUUUUGGACAAAAAUGUAAUACAUUUGUUUUUAUAUAGUCUAAUCAGUGAGUCUAAUACAUAGCUGAAAUUCAUGGUAGGAAUGAAAUAUUCAUAAAUACGUGAACCAUUGCUAUAAUGAGUUCUCAGGAAAGUGGAGCGGAGUCAGAGUUGGAGAAUGAUAUUAGUGUGGAAAGUAUAAAAACAAUUGCAAGUUCUAAUGGUAUAACCAAACUCAACGAUGAAGCACUCCAGUUCUUACUUGAUGAUGUUAAUUUUCGUUUGAAAGAGGUUUCUCAGGAAGCAUUAAAAUUUAUGCGUAAGGCUAAACGACGAAAACUGUCUUCAAGUGAUUUUGACAAUUCUUUGAGAGUGAGAAAUGUUGAGCCAUUAUGUGGAUUUCUCUCAUCAGAGUUCAUUCCCUUUCGCUUUACAAGUGGAGGAGGUCGAGAUCUAUAUUAUUAUGAUGAUCCAGAAAUCGAACUAAGUAAAAUAAUUGGAACACCCUUACCUCGUCUUCCACUUGACAUUUCACUUAAAGCUCAUUGGUUAAGUGUUGAAGGUGUUCAACCAGCAAUUCCAGAAAAUCCUCCACCAGUGACUCAUGAACAACAGUCAAAAGAUGUUAUGGACAAAACCCCAAAGAUGAAAUUAAAAGACACCACAGUUAUUUCAACUGCCAGCACUACGAAACAAAAACCAGUUAAAACAACAACAGCGGCAACAUCUAAAACUGAUUCAAAAUGGUCAGCAAUGCCAAAUGUCUCUGCCACAGCUGCUCCUGAUAAACUAAAACCUCUGGUGACUCAUGAACUCUCUGUUGAACAGCAACUGUACUAUAAAGAAGUCACUGAAGCUUGUGUAGGUUCAUCUGAAGCCAAACGUGCUGAAGCUUUACAGAGUCUCUCAACUGACCCUGGUCUUUAUCAGAUGCUUCCAAGAUUUUGCACUUUUAUAGCUGAAGGGGUCAAAGUUAAUGUUGCUCAACACAAUAUGGCUCUUUUAAUUUAUUUGAUGCGUAUGGUGAAAGCGUUACUUGAUAACAGUUCUCUUUUUCUUGAAAAAUACCUUCAUGAACUCAUCCCUGCAGUUGCUACGUGUGUUAUAAGUCGUCAAGUUUGCGCUAAACCAGAAAGUGAUAAUCAUUGGGCACUUCGAGAGUUUGGGUCUAAGUUAUUAUCGCAGAUAUGUAGAACGUUUAGUACAACAACCAACAAUAUCCAGCAACGUAUUACGAAGACACUGUGUAAGGCACUCCAGAAUGUCAAGGCCCCUUUGGCCACGCAUUACGGUGCAAUAGCAGGUCUCGCUGAAAUGGGAACUGAGGUGUUAAAAGUGUUGGUUGUUCCAUUUUUGAAAACAGAAGGUAAACUCAUAAAAAUUGCGCUCAGUGGUAGUGAUCCAAGAGAGAAGUCAGCAGCUGAGCAUCUCCAAGCAAUAAUUCUGAAACAACUGCCAACAACAAUAUUUCAAAUGCGUCCAAGUCAAGAAAAACUGGAACAGUUUGAGAAAGAAUUUGGGCAUCUAGGACCUGAGAUAUACAAAAGAGUUUCUCAAUUACGACAGACUAUUAUGACUGCUGCAGCCAAAUCAGGACAGAGACCUUUAUUAACAUCACCUUCAGGAUCAAAACAAGUUAUCUUGAAACUCAUGAUUCCUAAUUCUCAAACAUCCUCCGGUUCAACACCCACUACACCAACUACUCCUUCAACCCCUCUUACACCAAGCACUAGUGCAAUAUCCAUCAGCAGAUCGAUUAUAUCACCGUCUGUGUCCGCGGUCUCAGUUAAACCACCUUUAACCAGCCCCUCUUCAGUCUCCAUUUCUUCCAACCCAACAACACCUACUUCAAGUAUUUCUAUUCCUAAAAAAGCUCCGUAAAAAUGUUUAAUAGAUAGAAAUAAGUCAUACUGUCCAUACUUA